CUCAUUUUUUUAUUUCUGCUGGACUCAUCCCGUAUACUCCGGUGAACCACCACCAUCCCGGCCAGCUCACCGUUUUUUGGUCACGCAAGCCUAGCUCUACGGUCACCUCAUCGCUGACGACACAUGAUAAUGGAAAAAAAUAUCUAGCCAAGAGAGCAGAAAGCAAACCAAAGGGCGCUACCGUUCUCACACCCACAGGCUUCCCGGCAACAUAACAGAUCGACCUCCACACGACGCCACCAUGUCCGCCACUCCGGCCUACGACCGCGCCGCCGAGCUCCGCGCGCUGGACGCGACUCUCGCCGGCGUCCGCGGCCUCGUCGCGUCCGGCACUGCGCACGUCCCUCGCAUCUUCCGCGUACCCGGCCCGGAGGAGCCGCUCCAGGCUCGCGGCGGGCGCCCCGCCCAAGAACGGUCCGCGGCGACCGUCCCGGUGAUCGACCUCGGCGGCUGCGGAGACGGCGACCGAGCGGGCGUGGUGGACUCCAUCCGCCGGGCCGCGGCGGAGUGGGGGUUCUUCCAGGUGACGGGCCACGGGGUGCCCGGCGAGGCGAUGGCCGCGGCGGUGGCGGCGGUGCGGGCGUUUCACGACGCGGACGGCGGGGAGGGCAGCGACAAGGCGCGGCUCUACUCGCGGGAGCCCGGGAAGGCGGUCAAGUACCACUGCAACUUCGACCUGUACCAGUCGCCCGUGGCUAACUGGCGUGACACGCUCUACCUCCGCAUGGAGCCCGACCCCCCAGCCGCCGAAGAGCUUCCGAAGAGCUGCCGAGAUGCGCUGUUUGGAUACUCCAAACAAGUGAAGAAUUUGGGGGCAAAACUGUUCGAGCUCCUCUCUGAGGCUCUUGGGCUUAAACCGAGCUACUUGACAGAUAUUGAGUGCGACCUGGGGCAAAUUGUACUGUGCCACUACUACCCUCCGUGCCCCCAGCCUGAACUCGCCAUUGGGACAAGCCGGCAUUCAGACUCUGGCUUCCUGACUAUACUUCUGCAGGACGAGAUCGGCGGCCUCCAGAUCCUCCAUGAGGAUGGGUGGGUCGACGUCGCGCCGACCCCGGGAGCGUUCAUCGUCAACAUCGGCGAUCUCUUACAGUUGAUCUCCAACGACAAGUUCAGAAGUGUGGAGCACAGAGUGGUGGCGAAGAAUGCUGGACCGAGAGUUUCCAUCGCGUGUUUUUUCAGCACGCAUUUUCAUCCUGCUUCGACGAGGAUUUACGGUCCGAUCAAGGAGCUGGUGUCCGAUGAGAACCCCCCAUUGUACAGGGAAACACUCGUCAGAGAUUACCUUGCACAUUACUACUCCAUUGGAUUAGAUGGCGGGGCGAAGACUGCUCUUUCUGAUUUCCGGUUAUGAAUUCUGAAAGAGAGUUUUGUUUUUGUCAGUACAAACCUACAGACUAAAUCAUUUACGAGCAACAAGGAAAAACUGGAACAAUGUAUAUGUUUAGUGCCAAAAAGAAGAUGAACUGAUAUGUGUGUUCUCAACAAUAAAAGUAAAGCAUGUCUGUACAUGCUUAAAUGGAACAGGAUACACUAGCUUGGAUUUCAGAUGUA